GUAAACAUCGAAUUGUCGUUUUGUUUAUUUAUUGUUUGUUUGAAAAAAUGUGAUUUUCACUAAUAUAAUCUCGUGAUAAGGAAGCAUUUAUGUGAGAUGAGAUGCUGAUUAGAACCACGAUUCCUGUGUAACAUGGUGCAUUACUAGCUCAACUUAACUUGACUUAAGAUAUUGAUUAUGAUUGAACUUGAAGAAUGGAGGAUGGAAUUAAUUAAGCUCAUUUGUCUAAAGCAGCAUUAUAAAAUUUGAAUUCAUGCAACAGUGCAAUUAUCAAAGUUAAUUAUGGAGGAAAGUGACAAUCCUAGGAAAAAGAACAUUAAACUAGAAAAAUUAAAAAGGUAUGUUAAAGUGGGUGUCCUUGAUUUCUUUGGACUCGGACAAGAAGACAGCCUAGAAGCACCGAAAUGGCAGAACCGUCGAAAGAGAUUCUACAAAGGACAAGUGAAAGAUGAUGGAUUGCCAAGUGCCUCAGACUUUGCAGAUGCCGCCUACUUUGUGCCGAGGGUGCCAGUGCAACGUGUCCGGGCCUACACAGGUGUGGAGGCUGGGGAGGAUGAGCCGGAUACCUCCGUGCAACCAGCUGCAGACACGGAGCCCAUUAUGGGCUUCCCCCGAUGCCGCACCAGGAAAGACAGUGUCCUGCAGAUGACUUUCAAGGCUAUGAAUAAAUUUGUGAGUGGUGGGAAGAAAUACAGGUCACGUCAAAGGGUAUUGGGCCGUGACACCACUGUUGAACACCAAGCAUCCAUCAAACCAAGUGAUGCUGUGGACAGUGCACACAUCCAAGUUGCAGGGCCGUCAAUUGAAAAAAUUGAAAGUCGAGAAUUAGAAAUGUCCAGGAUGGAGACCGGCCAGUACAGAGUACAGAAGAUCCCCUAUGUGAGUGGUCAGGCCCGUAGCUAUCUGCCACAGGCUCUGCUGAAGGAGAUUCCACCAGAUCAGGCGCAGUCCAAGAAGGAUAUACUGGCGGAUAAUUUCUAUGACAUAACACCACCAUCAUCACCCAGGAGACAUGUUGCCAGGAGGGUUGUUAGGGAAGGUGCAGGCUUGGAUGAGGCAGACAAUGUUGACAUAAGAGGUAUCGAAGACGAAGCAGAUGCUUUUGAAAUUCCUGACUUUCUUAUGAUGAGAGAAAUCAGGGCAGACAUAAAAAGUUCCUUCAUUGAAAAAAGAAGACCGGGAAUGAGUGUGAUAGGUCGUCUGUGUUUGAGAAAGUACAAGGACCAGAGAGGGUCCAAGGCACCUGUGAUGCAGGACAAAGUCGUGGAUGAAUUGUAUGAUCACAGGCCAUUCUUUACCUGCUGGAUGACAUUUGUGCAGGUGGUUAUUUUCAUCGUGUCAGUGUCUGUUUAUGGGUUUGCACCUGUAGGAAUUAAUGACAAAGCUGAAUCAAUGGCGGUGUUGAAGCCUAACCUUGCAAUUGAGAAUUCCAGACAGCUGGAGCCCAGGAAUUUGUGGAUAGGUCCUAGACAGGCAGCCUUGGUUCAUCUGGGUGCAAAGUACUCACCGUGCAUGCGUAAGGACGAAGGCAUCCUCAAAGGUAUCCUCUUAGACCGAGCUGUGGAGAAGGACUCGGCUUGCUGUGUCCGUGAUGACGGCUCUGGUUGCUUUCAGGCCUUGGAGGGACAGUGUCCGAAAAAACUUAGCACAUGGAACAAGUGGAGUGCAGCAGAUAAAAGGGAUGGCAAGUGGAGUUACGGCUCUGUGUGUGGACAAGACCCCAGAUACUGUACAGACCCUGCAUCAGUUGAUCCGUUUGUGUGGGACAAUGAUAUAUCCAAAUGGCCAUUAUGCAAGAAAAAGUUGGAGGCUCAGAAAGAUGACAUCCACAUGAUGUGCAAUAUAACAGGUCGCCCGUGUUGCCAUGGUAUCCAGGGGGAGUGCAUGAUCACCACAAGGGAGCACUGUGACUUUGUGAGGGGAUACUUCCACGAUGAUGCCUUCCUAUGCUCUCAGGUCCAAUGUAUGAAGGAUGUUUGUGGAAUGAUCCCAUUUGGCAACGAUGAGAAGCCUGAUCAGUUCUACAGGCUCUGGACUUCACUCUUCCUACAUGGAGGGUUUUUCCAUCUGGUGAUCACAGUGAUUUUCCAGAUCAUCGUAUGUCGUGACCUGGAAAAGUUGAUAGGCACUAAGAGGAUGAUAUUUGUGUACAUGUUUGCUGGCAUCUCUGGCAAUCUGGCCAGCUGCAUCUUUGUGCCAUACCAUGUGGAGGUGGGCCCCACUGGUUCCCAGUUUGGUGUGCUGGCCUGUGAGCUGGUGGAGGUUAUUCAGUCGUGGCCCCAUCUAGAGCGACCCGGCAGAGAACUCGUCAAGAUUCUCAUACCUAUAGUCCUCCUCUUCAUCGUUGGUCUCCUGCCAUGGAUUGACAACUGGUCCCAUUUGUUUGGCUUUCUCUUUGGGUUCCUUUCUGCCUAUGCUAUCAUUCCGUAUGCAACUUUUGGAAAGCCAGUUAAAGAAGAUCUGAAAAGGAAAAUCAUUGGAAUCAUUUUAUCCCUUGGAAGCGCCACAUUGUUGUUUGUUUUCCUUGUAAUCCUGUUUUAUGUUCUGCCAUUUUAUGAUUGCCCCGGCUGCCAGUAUUUCAACUGCAUUCCGAUAACGCCUGACUUCUGUAAGAACAUGGAGGUGAACCUGGGUCGCUCUGCAACCUACGGCAUAGCUGUCUCCUACUAGAAUAGAACUUUAUGUCCCUUGUGCUACAAUCUGUCUUCUUUACUUGUCCAUUUCUUAUUCAGAAAUACUACAUUCUCAAUAUGCAUGCAAUUUUCUUUGCUAUUUACAAUGUUUUUUGUUGUUAGCUUAAUCAGUUCUUAAGUAUAUGUGAAAUGUUGUAUACCUGUGUUAAUUUUUGUUAUUGAAGCUGCUCAUUUAUUGUUUACGUGCUUCAUAUUUUUUUAAUAUUAAGAUGUUUUGUUUUUUACCAAUAUAUAACUCAGGUUGCAAGUGCUAUUGUAAAGAGGCUUUCAACAGGUACUUACAUGUUUACAUGUACACUAGUUACAAAAUCAGGGAAACUAGUUAACGAAGUUGUACAUAAUUAUGAUCAAUAUAUUUUUAAUUGUUUUCAUACAUUCAGUUCACCCUUAUUUUCUUCACAUAUCUUUUUUAUGUUUGCAAUUCUUUUGCUUUUGCUUUUUUAGUUAAUUAUUUUGAACAAAUAUUUUUUACAUUAUUUCAAUUUUAUCAUAUGGUGCUUGCAUACAUUUUAGCUCACCCCUGCACAAUGUGCUCAUGGUGAGUUUUGUGACCGCUUUUUGUCCGCUGUGCAUCGUCGGUUGUGUGUUGUCAACAUUUACCCCUAUAACACUAUACAGGCCAAAUUUAUAGUCCAGUCUUCGUGACACUUGGUCACAUCAGAACAUAUAUGCCAAUGACAUCUUAGACGAUUUUGAAAAUGGUUUCAGUUGUUUUAAAAACAUUGCUUCUAGGGGGCGUGGCAUUUUUCCUUAUAUGGCUAUAUUAAAACCUUGCUAACACUUUAGAAGUCACAUUUAUUGUACAGUCUUCAUUAAACAUAGUCAGAACAUAAGUUCUAAUGAUAUCUUGUAUGAGUUUGAAAAUUGUUCGAACAUUGAUUCCCUCAGGAUAUACUGUCCAGAUCUAGCCUCAACACGCUUGUUUAACGUUAAAGGUGAUUCAAAGUCACUCUGGCCUUGACCUAAUUUUGACUAAAAUUGUCCAACAGUACAAGGUUAACCUUAAAUUACAUCACGACAUUGUAUAAAAUCUAUACCACUUUCUAAAAAGCCUUGAUACUUGAUAUUUGAGAACUUUUAACAAACCCACAUCACCUGAAUUCAUUUUUACCUUAAAACUGACCUUACUUUUGACAUUUACGUAAGACUUAUUCAUAUUAAUUUGAAUUGAAGAGACUUCCACAGGGGCAUUAGUGUUUAUUGAAGGCAGCAUCUUGUUUGUACCGUUUUGAGCUCACCAAUAUUGUUUCCAAACUUUGAUACAUAACACAUGUUUUUCUUAUGACGGAUCUAAAUCCACCAAAAUCAUUAACACUUUUACCUUGAGCUUAUCUAGACUUGAAAAAUUGGUGCAUGUGUGUUGAUUUAACGCAGCAUCUGGUUUUGUACAUGUGAUUUGUUCAUGUUUAAGUGUACAUUAUCUAAACCAUGUUUGACUAUUUGCAAAUAUGUUAUAUUAAAUAUAUUUAUUUUUUUUUAACUCUGAUCUCUAAAUCUCUUACCAUGAAAAGUGCAAGAUGCACUGAAUGCAUAAAUGUUUAUGUGGUCAUACUCGUACUGACUAUGUGUUCAUAAGGAGCUUACAUGUAUCAGUACCAUAUUUAUAUUUUAAUAGCUGUAGCUUGUAAUACUAUUUGAGCAUUGUUUGUAAAAGAGCUUAUCUCGUCAUAUCAAAAUGGCUUCUAUUUUACUAAUAUUUUGUUGUGUUUUUAUUAUAAUUUAAAUCAUUACUUGAACCCUGUGAUUUUUAUGACAUAUUUAUUUUAUAAAUCUGGCACAUGUUGUAGACAGUGCAUUUUGAACAAUGAUAUUUGAAUGAACAAAAAAAAUUGUUAAACAGCUAAGAUUUUUUGUGAAUGAUACUUGAAUGAACUCAUGUACUUAUAUAGUUGAAAUUCCUCUGUUUGUGUUGCACGAAUAAUAGAAUUAAAACAUUUUAUUUCAAGUUAAAUUUACACAUCUUUUUUUUUUAGAUAGCAUGUCUUAUUUGCAGAUUGAUUUUGUGUUAUAAAAAUAACAAACUAAAUAGUGCCUCUAUAAAGUUGUAUUCAACUUUAAAACACAUAAGUUUCAGAGAUAUAGAGAUAAAUGACGGAUUUAGUAUAGUCUUAUUAUAAUUAUGUCUGUUUACCAUUAUUCAUUUGUGAUAGAUAUUUUUAUAAUUUACAAUAUUCGUAAUAACAGUGGUUACAGUUUGAAGUGUCAUGCAUCCACAUUUAUAAGCAUAAUAAGUGUAUAUGAUAUGGUAUAUAAGAUUUUUGUAUACAUAUAAUUUAUUCAUUUAUUGCUAUUUCCAAUGUACUUAUUCUGUAUAUACGAGUAUGCAUGUAACUUUAUGUACUGGCUAUUUGUUAUUUGAAGGUUGUGGUGCAUUCUCAUAGCUAUACACAUAUUUGCACAAUUUAUCCUAUACUGCAUAUAUUUUGUUAUCUACGUACUGUUUCAUAAUGUAUCCAUGUUUUUGGUUUGAUAGUUGUGCAAAUGAUGAAACAAAACCUUUAUUUGAUCUUUCUAUAUUGAUAGUUUCUUGAGGAUAAUUUCAAUGUGCAAUUCAGUUCUAUUUGUUAUAAUUGAAAAGGUUCUUUUGUGUCCUCCAAAUUGCUAAAAUUUGAAAUUUGGAAACAAGUAUUCAUGGUCACUAUUAAAAAUGUCUAAUAAUUGUACUUGUUGAUGUUAAAAACUCGUUUUAUUUAGCCUUUUCUUGGAAUUCAGUGUAAUUGUAUAUAUGGUCCACUCUGUCUUUCAGCAAUCAUUAUGCCAUCACCUCUUUCCAAUAAACAUGCUUAUUACAAUCACUAGUCUAUGUACAAUGUACUUUAACCCAUUUAAGUCUAGUGGGCUCUCCCAUGCUUCUAAAUUGGAUCAAUUUAUUUCUGAAAUUAGGGAUGUCAAGUAUAUUUAUUUCUAUAUCUAGAAUAUUUCUUACAGAAAUUCCUUUAAUCAAACAGCGCAGACCCUGAUGAGAUGCCGCAUCAUGCAGUGUCUCAUCUGGGUCUACGCUCUUUGCCAAUGCCUUUUUUCUAGACGUUAGGCAUGAAUGGAUUAAACUAUUAGCAUUCAGUUUGCAAUCUGUUUGUUAUAUAACAUAAACUCAAAUCAGCAGGGGUCUUUCUUGGGUAAGUGCUUUAAACUAACAAGGUCACAUAUAUUUUGGAUAGAACACUUAUAGAUUGCUUAUAUGAUAAAGGGUUUUAAGUAUGUUCAAGGCUUUGGUUAAAUGAAAGAUAUCAGAUGGGUUAUUAUAGGAAUGCCCUUUAUCCAUUUGUUGUUCAUCAAUCUCUCUGGAACUUCUUAUUCAGCUCUGUCUCAUAUACCUUUUGAUGGACUUUCAUGAAACUCCUUGGGUGUAUAGAUCUCUCUUGGAGUGUCUUUUAUGCACCGUUAUAUUGGUUUAUUGUUAUACCUCGACAAACGAAGUUUAGGGGGGUAUAUAGGAAUGAACUUGUCUGUCGGUCGGUAGGUCGGUCAGUCCGUAUUAAGUGUCCGCUCUCUAAUUCAAGUAGUUUUCAUCCGAUCUUCCCCAAUCUUGGUCAGAAGUUGUAUCUAGAUGAUGUCUAGGCCAAGUUCGAACAUGGGCCUUGCUGGGUCAAAAACUAGGUCACGGGGUCACUUAGUGCAUUUUAAAAUUUCAGCAUGGUGUCAGCUCUCUAAUUCAAGUAGUUUUCAUCCGGUCUUCACCAAACUUGGUCAGAAGUUGUAUCUACAUGAUGUCUAGGCCAAGUUCGAAAAUGGGCCUUGCCGGGUCAAAAACUAGGUCAUGGGGUCACUUAGUGCGUUUUAAACAUUCAGCAUGUUGUCCGCUCUUUAAUUCAAGUAGUUUUCAUCCAAUCUUCACCAAACUUGGUCAGAAGUUGUAUCUACAUGGUGUCUAGGCCAAGUUCGAACAUGGGCCUUGUCGAGUCAAAAACUAGGUCACGGGGUCACUUGGUGCGUUUUAAACAUUCAGCAUGUUGUCCGCUCUCUAAUUCAAGUGGUUUUCAUCCGAUCUUCACCAAACUUGGUCAGAAGUUUUAUCUAGCUGAUCUGAAGGCCAAGUUCGAACAUGGGCCUUGCCGGGUCAAAAACUAGGUCACGGGGUCACUUAGUGCGUUUUUUAACAUUCAGCAUGGUGUCCUCUCUCUUAUUCAAGUAGUUUUCAUCCGAUCUUCACUAAACUUGGUCAGAAGUUUUAUCUAGAUGAUCUGAAGGCCAAGUUCGAACAUGGGCCAUGCCAGAUCAAAAACUAGGUCACAGGGUCACUUAGUACGUUUUACACAUUGAGCAUGGUGUCUGCUCUCAGUUUCAAGUAGUUUAAAUCCGAUCUUCACCACACUUGGUCAGAAGUUGUAACUAGAUGAUAUGUAGGUCAAGUUCGAACAUGGGCCAUGCCAGGUCAAAAACUAGGUCACGGGGUCACUUAAUGUGUUUUUAACCCCACCAUGUCCGCUCUCUAAUUCAAGUAGUUUUUAUCCAAUCUUCACCAAAAUUGGUCAGAAGUUUUAUCUUGAUAAUGUCUAGGGCAAGUUUGAAUAUGGGUCAUGCCGGGUCAAAACAAGGUCACGUGGUCACUUAGUGCGUUUUAAACAUCACAAUGUUGUCCGCUCUCUAAUGCAAGUAGUUUUCAUCCAAUCUUCACCAAACUUGGUCAGAAGUUGAAUCUAGAUGAUGUCUAGGUCAAGUUUGAAUAUGGGUCAUGCCGGGUCAAAAACUAGGUCACAGGGUAUCUUGGUGCGUUUUAAACCUCACCAUGUUGUCUGCUCUUUAAUUCAAGUAGUUUUCAUCCAAUCCUCACCAAACUUGGUCACAAGUUUUAUCUAAAUGAUCUCUAGGACAAGUUUGAACAUGGGCCAUUCCGGGCCUAAAACUAGGUCACGGGUCACUCAGUGCUUUUUUUAACAUUCAGCAUGGUGUUCUCUCUCUAAUUCAAGUAGUUUACAUCUGAUCUUCACCAAACUUGGUCAGAAGUUUUAUGGAGAUAAUCUUAAGGCCAAGUUAGAACAUGGGCCUUUCUGGGUUAAAAACUAGGUCAAAGGGUCACUUAAUGCGUUUUAAAAAUUGAGCAUGGUGUCCGCUUUUUUUUGUAAAGACGACAUGCAAAAUAUUAUGUGUCAAUGCGGCAUGUGGGGGUUUUCGCCACGUCUGUGACAAAGCUCUAGUUUCUACUUGUUUGAAGUUUGCUUGCCUGUUUUGUUGACUUGGGUAGUAUGUUUUCAUCUCGCUUUGUGGUAAUCGGCAAUACAGGUAGGUGACAUGUAUGGCCGUGUCCGGAAGUUUGCGUGCUUUUAUUUCAGCUCUUAUAAUUCAUAGUUCAAGUGUCGUGAACAAGAAUCCUCGAAUGUUCUGUGAAUAUUUUUACUGAAACACUCAUUUAAUGUUAUGUGUGCAGUAAAUAGAUGUUUUCAUGUAAACGCAUGGACCAGGUUGCUAAAAACUAGUAACAGUGAUUUAAUGUACACGGUCGUGCGCUAAUGGGUCUGAUGACAUGUGACCAGCUAGCUCCAGACUUCACACCCUCUGGAGCUACACUUUCCACUAAUGAGGCCAUUUGUUAAAGCUUUCUUGGCAGUGAAAUGAUUUUGUCCUUAGGUUACACCCGGCAGUUUGCUCAAGCAUUCAUUUGUUUAAAAGACUGAAAGUGUUUUAUAUAUUUGCCUUUGACCACAUUAUGUUAAGCCACUUAUUUUGCAAUUGUUGUACUCAAUAAAAUACACGAAUAUA